UGAAAUUUAAUUAAUGGCUAUAGGAAUGAAGAAGGUUGUACGUAUUUGAGGAAGAGGAGUUGAAGAAGCAAUUUAGGAAUUAGGAAGGUGAGGAAGAAGAUGAGCUACGAGAAAAUCCCCCAAGAAGCGUAUCCACCUCCUGGGUAUGGGAGUGUAUAUCCUCCGCCAUCCGCGCCACCACCGCCGCCCUACGAAGGUUAUCCGCCUCCGCCGCAAUCCGCAUACCCACCACCUCCAGGCUAUCCUUAUCAUCCUCCUCCGCCGUCGCAGCAGCUUCCCGGCGGUUAUCAAGGAUAUUUCCACCACCAUCAGCCUCCACCGCCCCAGCCCUAUCCGGUUUACCAGUGUGAUCAUCACCAUCACCAUUGCGAUGAUGACCGUACUGGUUGCAUCUCUUUCUUGCGUGGAUGUUUUGCUGCUCUAUGUUGCUGCUGCAUAUUGGAGGAGUGUCUUUUCUAAUCCUUUCACUAUACUUCCUUGACAUUGUUAUGGUGGGAAAAUUGUGGUUAUUGUUGGAUUUGUCAGCUUUCACUGGGUUGUGUAUCAGUGCAUUAGUAUUUUGUGGGAAAAACCUCUUAUUAUUAUUAUUAUUAUUAUUAUUAUUAUUAUUAUUAUUAUUAUUUCUCUUCUAAGAUAUCUACCAGUCAUCAUGUUAUCAAUUAUUAUUGCUCCUUUGGGAAAUGGUGGUAUAUUAUUGUAAUUGGAUGAGCUACUGUAUAUUUUUCUAUUAUAGUUGAUAUACAUAUACUGACGGUUACAAGCCA